AUGGAUUCCAAUUAUUGUGAAUACCAUCGAUUUUUCUCCUUCAAUCAUAUAAUCAAAGAAGAAUUUAUUACUACCGAAAAUACUGAUCCGAAGAUCCACUUCCACGUUUCAUUGCGGGUCGAAUUUUCGGAAUGGAUUAUACGCCAAGAUUCACCCGAACCCGAGUUCGUUCGGGUGUACGAGGAACCGGUAUUAAUAAACCACGAUUUUUGUGUGAGCUGUGAACAGCUGUCGCGAAUAUUCAUUGAACAAGAACUUAUUAAGGUUUUGACUUUGGAAGAAGUCAACCUUACAAGAUUGGUGGAUUAUGCAUGGAGAGAAGCUUCUAGAAGUAGUGUUUAUCUGAAUUACCACCACUUCAACGCUUUGUACGAGCAUCGUUGCGUUAUACUUGAAGAGGAGGCUAGUGAUUAUUCUUUUCGUAUGGUUCCGGCGGAGUAUUCCUCGAUCGAGGGGCUGAAGACAAUUGAUUAUCGUAGGGAUAUGGCGGAGAUGAGUUGUUGCUCGGUUUGCUUGGAAGACUUAUCCGGCGGUGGCGAUGAAGGUGAAGAAGUAUUAUUAUUAUCCAUGCCGUGUUCGCAUAUUUUUCACGGAGAUUGUAUUAAGAAAUGGCUGAGGACUAGUCAUUAUUGCCCACUUUGCCGCUUCGAGAUGCCGACGGAGUUAGAUGUAUGA